GCGGAUCCGUCCGAAGGGGUAACUAGCGGAGGGUCGACUCUCGCCAGUAGGGGUGAAAACUUUUCCGUGCUAAUGUCGGGAUGGAUCGCCGCGGUUGUAUGAAGUAAAACGAGGCGCCGUGUUAGGCAUUUGCGGCCUGCACGGACGCCUGUGCGUGCACCUGUUUCGCGACAGCAAAGGGGUCGGUCGCGAUAUCCGUGCAGGGGUAGCCGUCGCGAACCAACGAAUCCAAUUAAGAUCCGCUGAGUUUCCGAUGCGACGGGUGUCAGUAUCGCGAUAGUGCACGCGGCGUUUAACCGCGACGUUAAAUGGGUCAACCCAACCCAGCGACCUAACUGGUGUUCUCGUUUCCUACGCGUGUCCACUCGGUUGGCCUAGUUUCCUCGUUCGACACGGGCGCACACCGUGCGACCUCCCCUGAUCGGUUCAGGAAAGUCGCCAAUUAUUAUUAUUGUCCGUUGUUCGUCAACCCUUUGACGUUCCGUCGUCGACGUCGCCAUCGUCGUGUCACAGGCUCCGUCGAUCGAACCCUCUCUCGUCCUCUCUCCACGGUCUCCUUCGGGACGCGAUUAUGGGAUCCACGUCGCGGAUACGCGUUUGAUCGACACGCUGCUACACGCGGGCAAGUCCGAUAACACGGCUGGUGACCGAUGCAUCCCGCGAAUCGCGAUAAUCGCCUCUCAUCAGUGAAGAUCGUUGCAUCGCAGAUGUUCCUCUGAGGUAUCGCAGGAGUGAAUCGCAUUCAAGAAGAGCGUGGGUCGCAUGUAAUAAAAAUGGCGGCGAGUAAACCACCGGAAAUGAAUUAUACCUGCGAGAUCUGCGGGCUGGAGGGGUUCAACGACGAGGAGAUGAGAUCGCACAUGGUGUUCUAUCAUCUGCAGGGGGCCGCGAACUGUCCGUUCUGCGAUUUGGGAGAGAUCUCACCGACGGAGAUGUUGACUCACGUCAACAGUGCCCAUCUCGAUUACUUAACGCCGAGUACACCGGAGAAUGAUAUGAUGGCAUUCAUCGACGACGACUCGUUGGUGGACGAUAGAAGGCACGAUGAAUGCCGCGGUCCAUGUCCUUCUCCGACCAUGUCCCCGAGUCCUCCACUUCUUCAGAACGGAUGGAGCAGUUCGUUCAGCCCUCGUGCUAAGCCAGUGAAUCAAGAGAUUCCUAAACCAGAACCACAGAUCGCUAGUUCUAAUGUGAAUAAUAAUAAUAACAAUAAUAACAUCGGUAACGUAAACAACGUUAUCGAGGGUGCAGCUGGUCAUGGAUCGCCGCUGCGUUCGGGCCUAAAUUUGCAGCUACGAUCUCACGCCACGCCGAAACUUCCAGUUCAAGAGUGUCCGAUGUGCCCGUACAGUUCCGACAGCCCUUUGAGGCUAGAGGAGCAUAUCAACAGGCAACACUUUGAUCUCACGUCGCCGUCCUUUCCGCCUGAAUCUCCGCCGUCCCGUGACGGCGUCUUUAACUGCCCUUUGUGCGUCACGUCUUUUCCAAAUUCUUCUGACCUCGUUUUGCACGUAAACAUCGAGCACAAAGAUAUUCUCAGUCCCGCGAACGGCGCGGCUUGCCAGUCGGCGCAGGAAACGAUCAGCGGCGGCGAUACACCGGCGUGUCCUGUAUGCUUCACCACUUCGUUCAAAAACAACGACGACUUAACGGCGCACAUCGAGGAACACUUUAGCAAAAAGUGCACCCCGUCUCCCAUAACUCCGGACUUGUCCACCGACAGAAUGUUGGCAAAGGACAUGGAGAGGCUCGAGAAGGAGCUGAGGAAACUGCGCGAGCAACGGGAGUUCGAGAUGCUCAGGGCGCAAUACGGGAUGGACAAUCAGGGAAAUUUUCGAGAGCAGAGCGUCACCAAUAUGCAGCGGGCUGUGUAUUCGGGGGAGAUGACGAUCGCCGAUUAUUACGAGAGGCAAACAGAGCUUAGAGUAGCCGAGAGCAGCGGAAUCGACGACGGCAGCUCUUGUACACGCGGUAAUCGCAUCAACUUUCUUCGGGAUGUUUUGCAUUCGUCAACUUGUUUCUUCUCUUGUUCUCGUUUAGGAUUGCUUCCCAAGAUACGGGCCGUCAGUCAAGCGUGUAGCAACGUGUUGAGCACCUGGAUGUGUUCGACCGUGGAUCACUACGCGACGACGUACGGCGACAAAGGAUGGGGAUGCGGCUACAGGAAUUUGCAAAUGUUGAUCUCGUCGCUGCUCCAACAUACAGGGUACAAUGAGUUAUUUUAUAAAGCGUGGAACUCCGGCCUGGGCGGCGGUAGCUCGACGAAGAAUCCGCUGCGAAGUUCUAUACCGUCGAUCUCGCGGCUUCAGAAAAUGAUUGAGUGCGCCUGGGCCCAGGGCUUCGACACUCAGGGAGCGGAACAGUUAGGAGGGAAAUUGGUGAACACUAGGAAAUGGAUCGGUGCCACGGAAGUGGACAUACUGUUGUCUAGUUUGAGAAUAAAGUGCCAGCUGGUAGAUUUUUAUACACCAACCAAUUCCGACGGCGGACAUCCGGAAAUGUUUAAUUGGGUUUUACAAUAUUUCCAGCGGUGCGAUGAUUUCAAGCCACCUCUCUACUUGCAGCAUCAAGGUCACAGUAGAACGAUAAUAGGAGUAGAACAAUUGAGGGAUGGUUCGAUAACGAUGUUAGUGCUUGAUCCAAGCCACAGUCCGGCACAAAUGGCACAGUUUAAUAGUACAAGUAGCGCACUCGGUGCCAUGCGUUUGGUACGCAAGUCGAUCGCAGCAAUGAAGGCGAGACAAUAUCAAGUAGUCGCCAUUACCGGUAUCAUGGAGACCGAGAUGGAGUAUCAUGAAAGCAAAGUGUUACGUUUGAUCCGCGUACCGCAAGAUAGGUGAGAUUUACUGGCCCUGAGAAAAGUAAAAACUUUUGGGAAGACGAUAGACUGCCUCAUACCAAUUUUCUCCAGUAUCCUUCAAGUUACAUGACCGCAAUGUUCUAGGUUUUAUCGUUAGGAGACUUUGCUCCACUGUAUAGUAGUUGCAGAAGUGUUAUUUAAAUUUUUGUUUUAAUCUUGCAUUUUUUAACCGCGGCCGAUGUCCGACCGCGGUUACUCGAAUCACGUAUUUGUCUAUAAGCCUUCGUCGCGAUUCACGGGACGAGGAGAAAGAACGACGGCAAGUCGUCGUUUCUGAAAAUAAAAAACAAGUGUCUAUAUGUCGCGCGUAUCGAUUUAACUUAUUCUUUGAUCCAGAAAUCAGCUCCGGGAAUAAUUAAGGUGCGGACUUGGGAAAAAAGGAAAGUUACCGUGUGAUAUUUAACGAAUAGGAUAAAUGCGACCGCCGUUUCUUGUUCACACCGUGUUCUGCUCAAUCUUUCGUUGCACCGAACAGGCUGAGCUAAUUUUUUAGUCGACCAAUCGUCCUACACGCCGAUCGGUUGCAUGCGCGGGAAAAGCCACGUGGCAGAGCUUUGAAAUGGAAAAGACGAAACUCUUUCGUAGCUGUGAUGCUGUUAUCGAUUUAAAGAAUGAAGAAUGCUGAAUCACACCGACUUGAAAUAAUAUUUUUGGAGACACUCCACCACGAACGAAACACGUUAACCAAACGAGUUUUAACUAACUUGUACCGCGUUCUAACUUCUAUAAUAUGUACAUCCGUCUCGCCCUUUCUCUCUUUUAUCUCGUACCUUACAUUUUUAACGAACGUUGUUGUCAAAAUGUUGUCAAUUUUUAGUGAAUACGAAAAAUUUACCAAAUAAUCGCGAUAAUAAAUUUUAUACACCGUCGAUGGAACAUGAUCGAACGAUAUUUUUAUUAUCGUUGCUUUUACACAGUUUUUGGGGUGUCUACAAGAAUAAUUCAAAGAAACCAGACAUAUUUCCAUAUAUUAAUAUACAUUUAUCUAUACUAUACGUAUACACAAAUAGUAUAUUGCACACGAAUUCUUCGUUAUAUUAAACAACACCUCACUCACUCAUACAUAAAGUACAACUAUACUUUCAUACUACUUAUAAAUAUUAUUCUAUUUAAUUAUCCAAGUUAAUUUAAGGCUACCUAUACCUUUAAACCGUAAGUUUCGAAGGCGAUGUUGUGACGGAGAAACCAAAGACGAAAUACCACAGUCCAUGUUAACUUGUUUAUAUUUUAUAGCGCAUGCUGGAAAUUGUUACGUUCGUUUUAUCAUUAAAUGUACCAUCGGUAUUAUCGUCAUUGUUGCCAUUAACGUUAUCGCAUCUGUUGUACCUUAUCAAUUGUACUCGUUGCACGAGAUCCGUUCAGUACGAUUUAAAAGGCAAUGAUGAUCAUUCAAGGAAAAUCCAACGUACUGUUUCGAUGAACAGAUACUUAUUAGGUUUAGUAACGCGGUGAAUCUUAUGCGGUACUAAAGCUAAUAACAUACCGAUUCGGACGAAGAUUUGUCUUUCUGCUCAGUAGCACCAGAUGCAAUAAAUAAUCACGACUGAAGUAAAGAUAUUACAAUUGUGAUCGUUGAUUUAUAUUUCGAAUUUCGUCGUGCAAUGGAAUUGUUACGAAAUGUAAAAAGAAAAUGAAAUGAACAAGGGACUUUGCAUUAUUCAUAUUACUCAGUUCACAUAUGUCAAAUUAAAAUAUAUGCUUUGUUAGAAUUCCCAAU